AUGGAAGAGAAAUGGGAGGCUGAAGGGGAUCUUCCUUUAACGUUAUAUUGCUGCAGCAAGCUGCCGGUAACGUUAACGUUAUAUAUCAACCUGACGCGACAUCAGGAAGAUGUGCAGUUGGCUCGCAGCGUCUCGGGGAUCCUGGAGCACAUGUUCAAGCACAGUGAGGAGACGUCCGUCCACCUCAUCUCCAACGGUGCCCUGGAUGCCCUCCUCUUCUGGUGCCGAGGUACGGCCCACUGUGCUGUGGCACUAGCAAACUGUGCCAUGUAUGGAGGCCACCGCUGCCAACGAUUGAUGAUCGAGAAACAGGCAGCCGAGUGGCUUUUCCCGCUGGGCUUUUCCAAAGAGGAUGAACUCAUUCGCUUCUACGCGUGUCUGGCUGUGACAGUGCUAGCUGCAAACCGAGAAAUUGAGAAAGAGGUGGUGAAAUCUGGAACCUUGGAGCUGGUGGAGCCAUUCAUUGCUUCUUUGGAUCCGGAUGACUUUGCCCGCAGUUUGUUGGACAGUGCAGACUGCAUGCAGGGUAAGACAGCAGCUGAUCUGCAGCAUCUUUUGCCCUUACUGGAUGGCACGAGAGUGGAGGGAAAGUGCAUUGCAGCCUUUUACCUUUGUGUUGAGACCAGCAUCAAGUCUCGUCAACGCAACACUAAGAUAUUUCAAGAGAUCGGAGCGGUGCAGAGCCUCAAAAGAAUUGUCAUGUACUCCAGUAAUGGCACAGCCAAGCGGGCACUGAGCAUGAUGGGGGAGGAAGUGCCGAAACAUAUCCUGCCAUGUGUGCCCAACUGGAAAACCUGUGAAGUGCUGACCUGGCUGCAGCAGGUUGGCUUCAGUGCCUACUGUGACCGUUUCCAGGAGCUCCAGGUGGAUGGAGACCUCCUGCUGAACAUCACAGACCAGGAACUGAGCGCUGAUCUUGGCAUGACUGCAAGCCUCACUCGCAAGUUUUUGAGAGACUUGCGUGUGUUGAAGACGUAUGCCAACUACUCCACAUGUGACCCAAACAAUAUGGCUGACUGGUUAGUUAUGGUGGACCCUCGUUUCCGUCAGUACACCUAUGGCCUGGUCCAGUCAGGCGUGGAUCGCAACAUUGUCCAGAGCCUGACCGAUCUGCAGCUCCAACACGACUGCCACAUAGACAACGGCGUCCACAGAGCCAGGAUACUCUCUGCCAACCGCAGGCCCUUAAAACCGUGCCACACAGAGCCCGACGUCUUCGUCAGCUAUCAUCGGACCACCGGCUCCCAGCUGGCCAGUCUUCUGAAGGUGCACCUGCAGGUUCGAGGAUACAGUGUCUUCAUAGAUGUGGAGAAGCUGGAGUCCGGUAAAUUCGAGGACAAACUGAUCCAGAGCGUACAGCGGGCACGUAACUUCAUCCUGGUCCUGUCCGCCAACGCACUCGACAAGUGCAUGGGUGACACUGCCAUGAAGGAUGUGCAUAAGUACCGAGCCAUUUGA